CGCGGCGCCAUGCGCAGACUCAGUUCCUGGAGAAAGAUGGCGACGGCCGAGAAGCAGAAGCACGACGGGCGGGUGAAGAUCGGCCACUACAUCCUGGGGGACACGCUGGGCGUCGGCACCUUCGGGAAAGUGAAGGGGUUCCUCUGUGGUGUAGGCCUGGCUGUCCAGGAAUUCUCUGCAGACAAAGGUAGCCUUGAACUCUGCCUCUGAGUGCUGGGAUUAAAGGCAUGAACCAGCUGAGAUAAGGCCUAUGCUGAAAGAGAAAAUAUUUUAUGAUCAUCAAGGUUGAGACAUUGUUUUAUUACCUCUAUCUGUCUGUCUGUCUAUCUGUCUCUGUGUAUGUUAGUGCACCUUUUGUGGGGGAGGCAGGAUCUCUCAUCUUAAGUCAGAGCUCACACCUUUGGCUUGUUUAGCUAACCAGCUUGCUCUAGGGGAUCAGAGCCAGUCAAAACAAGUGUAGGAGGACCUACUCCUCACUUGGCUAACUAGUGUGCGAGUUGAGGUCUAGCAAAUGCCAUCCCAUUAGUCUAGUUUUGUUCUCUCUGAUAAACCAUGAAGGGGUAAAAUGAGAACAAACCAGAGGGAAAAUGCUGCAGUUCUUUCCAGGGGGGUCAAUGCUCACACCCAGAUCAAAUGCCUUAGUGGCUGGGAUGGGGAAGUAGGAGUGGCUUAGUUACUGUCUAGUCUCUUUCAGAGACGCCAAGACCAAGGCAGUUAAUAAAGGAAAUAUUUUAUUGAGUUUGAGACUCAGGUGAGAGGAUGAUUCACGACCAUGGUGGUGGAGAACAUGGCAGCAGGCAGGCAGGGCACUGGAGCAAUAGCUGAGAGCUUAUAUUUGAUUAUAAGCAAGAGGUAAGGAGGCAGGGACAGAGAUAAGACAGAUAGACAGACAGACACGCUGGGCCUGUUAUGGGUUUUUGAAACCUUAAAGCCCAACCCAGUGACACACCUUCACCAACAUAGCCAUAUCUAUUAAUCCUUCCGAAACCAUCCACCAAGAACCAAACAUUCAAACUAUCACAAAGAAAUACUGUUUUUGUUUUUUUAAAAAUAAACUAUAGGGUGUCUCAGAGCCUUGUUAGUCUGUAGAAGGGAGAAUGCAUAUCUUUUCCUGGGUUUGAGAAGUCUCUGUGGAGGCUCUAGUCCUCCACGUAUUGUAUGCAUAUAUUGUACAUAAAAAAAGCAAUAUACUGUAUACUUGAACAAUGUGACUCAAGAAACUCAGUUCCAGUACUUUUAGCUGUAUGACGUUUUCCAGCCAAUAGGAAGUACUUAGAGCACCAGAAAAGGGGCUGUGGAAGGUGACUCCUGAUAGGCUGUGAAGGAUGCCAAUUAACCUCAAAAGCAAAACACCACAGGAUCAUCCACUUCCAUAGGAAAUCCUGUGGGUGAAACAGCUCCCUGAGAAGAAUCAUAUGCAGGCGCCUUGUAUGUCUUUACUUAAGAGGAACAUUUGCAUCCCUGUCCUCAUGAAUGCUAUAUUUUUGAAAACUUGGAAGUAUAUAAUCCAGCGUAGAAAGCCUUUUUAAUCUGACUGUUGUUAUUAAUGCGAUUUUUAAAACUUAUUAUUUUUUAAGGUAUGUUUGUGUAUGUGUUUGUAUAUAUGCAUCUGACUGAAGGUGCCCAUAACGGUCAAAGGUAUUGGACUGAUCCUGCUGAAGCUGGAGUAACAGAUGGCUGUAUGCCUCCUGUUGUCAGUGGUCCUAUGGAGGAGCAGUCUGUGCUCUGAACUGCUGAGCCAUCUCUGUAACUAUCCCCCUUGCGUCCUAUAGCUUGGUUUGGCCUUGGCCUCCCAGUUCUUUUGGCUCCUCCUCCAGAACGCUGGCUUUUUCAGUCAAUAAGCCUAUCAUCACCUUGCUAGGGCUACAGCGGCAGCACUAAAGAUUGGUGGCUUAAAACAAGAGAAAGUUCUCUUACAAUCUGAAGGUCAGAGGAGUGAAAACUGGGGUCCGUAGGGCUGUGCUCCUUUUAAUAGUCAGUGGCAUAUGUGUCCCUUACCUCUUAGUUUCUGAUUAUUCCUGGUUUUGCCUGGCUUGUAGCAUAACUCCACUCUCUGCUUGCUGCUGCUGCUGCUGCUGUUGUUGCUGCUGCCGCUGCCGCCGCCACCGCCACCGUAUGGCUAGUCAACUGUUUCUGUGCUCCUCGUAAGAGAGCAAGCCCUUAGAUGAUUAUGCUCACCCUGAAUCUACCAUCAUACCAUUUUGAGACCCUUUACUAAUUCUAUUUUUAAAAUUUUUUUAUUUUUAUGUAUAUGUGUACACUGUCCCUGUCUUCAGACACACCAGAAGAGGGCCUCGGAUCCCAUUACAGAUGGUUGUGAGAUUUGAACUCAGGAACUCUGGAGGAGCAGUCAGUGCUCUUAACCACUGAGCCCUCUCUCCAGCCCUUACUAAUUCUACUUUUUUUUUUUUUUUUUGGUUCUUUUUUUCGGAGCUGGGGACCGAACCCAGGGCCUUGCGCUUCCUAGUGGGCAAGCACGAGUUGACUGGACAUAAAGUUGCUGUGAAGAUACUCAACCGGCAGAAGAUUCGAAGCCUGGACGUGGUCGGGAAAAUCCGCAGAGAGAUCCAGAACCUGAAGCUUUUCAGGCACCCUCAUAUAAUCAAACUAUCAUGUUUUCUCUCGCCAGGUACCAGGUCAUCAGUACACCGUCUGAUAUUUUCAUGGUCAUGGAAUAUGUCUCAGGAGGAGAGCUAUUUGAUUAUAUCUGUAAAAAUGGAAGGUUGGACGAAAAGGAGAGUCGACGUCUGUUCCAGCAGAUCCUUUCUGGUGUGGACUAUUGUCACAGGCAUAUGGUGGUCCACAGAGAUUUGAAACCUGAAAACGUCCUGCUUGAUGCACACAUGAAUGCAAAGAUAGCCGACUUCGGUCUUUCAAACAUGAUGUCAGAUGGUGAAUUUUUAAGAACGAGCUGUGGCUCGCCCAAUUAUGCUGCACCAGAAGUAAUUUCAGGAAGAUUGUACGCAGGCCCUGAAGUAGACAUCUGGAGCAGCGGGGUCAUUCUCUAUGCUUUGCUGUGUGGAACUCUCCCUUUUGAUGAUGACCACGUGCCAACUCUUUUUAAGAAGAUAUGUGACGGGAUAUUUUAUACCCCUCAGUAUUUGAAUCCCUCUGUAAUAAGCCUUUUGAAGCAUAUGCUGCAGGUAGAUCCUAUGAAGAGGGCCACAAUAAAAGAUAUCAGGGAACAUGAAUGGUUUAAGCAGGACCUUCCAAAAUAUCUCUUUCCUGAAGACCCGUCUUAUAGUUCAACCAUGAUUGAUGAUGAAGCCUUAAAAGAAGUGUGUGAGAAGUUCGAGUGCUCAGAGGAGGAGGUCCUCAGCUGCCUGUACAACAGAAACCACCAGGACCCACUGGCAGUUGCCUACCACCUCAUAAUAGACAACAGGAGAAUAAUGAACGAAGCCAAAGAUUUCUACUUGGCAACAAGCCCACCCGAUUCUUUCCUCGAUGAUCACCAUUUAACUCGGCCUCACCCUGAGAGAGUACCAUUCUUGGUUGCCGAAACACCAAGGGCCCGACACACCCUAGAUGAAUUAAACCCACAGAAAUCCAAACACCAAGGCGUACGGAAGGCAAAGUGGCAUUUGGGGAUUCGAAGUCAAAGCCGACCCAAUGACAUCAUGGCAGAAGUGUGUAGAGCAAUCAAGCAGUUGGACUAUGAAUGGAAGGUUGUAAACCCCUAUUAUUUGCGUGUGCGAAGGAAGAACCCUGUGACAAGCACAUUUUCCAAAAUGAGUCUACAGCUAUACCAAGUGGAUAGUAGGACUUACUUAUUGGAUUUCCGAAGUAUUGAUGAUGAGAUUACAGAAGCCAAAUCAGGGACUGCUACUCCACAGAGAUCGGGAUCCAUCAGCAACUAUCGAUCUUGCCAAAGGAGCGACUCCGACGCCGAGGCUCAAGGAAAGCCCUCAGAAGUCUCUCUUACCUCAUCCGUGACCUCCCUCGACUCCUCUCCUGUUGACGUAGCUCCAAGACCAGGAAGUCACACGAUAGAAUUUUUUGAAAUGUGUGCAAAUCUAAUUAAAAUUCUUGCACAGUAAACCUAAAACUUUGCUUAUUUCUUUGAUGCAAUAAGCAUGCUUACUAAAUAAUAGCCAAAUACUUCCACUUACCGAGUUAUAUGUGUGUGUAUAUAUAACUAAGGACUGGCCUUCUGCAAUGCAGCUUGCACAGGGCCUGGAAAAUGAUCGAUUGUUUAAGCCUAAUGUGCAGAAAGGAAUCAGGAUCAUUCUGUUAGCCCUUAUUCAGUAGGCACACAUCGCAUAGUAACACACAGUGGACUAUAGGCCUCAGGCUCACUCGAUUUUUGGCCAUUUGAAUUUGCUGUAACAGGUCUCUGUUGACCAUAAAUUUACCAUAAAGCCUUUACAUAUCAGUACAUGUUGAUGUGUUUUAUAUUAGCUUCAUGAAUUUAUUGAGUGAGUUUGCCUAGAAUCCCCACAGACCUUCCUAGAUGAUACAAGACCUAGGCGAUGCUGUUUUCUGGGCUCCUUAACUUUCGAAAUAGUUACUGUUUCCCAUUUUGGGUAACAUUAUGAACUAUUUCCAUAUUCCUCUUAAAAUACUAUUUUUAUGUAGCAAGUCAUUUCAGAUAACAGUCUAAUUUAAAAUUUUUCUUUGGCUUGUAAGCCCCCAACCCACCAGAAUUUAUAUGUUCAGACCCUCCGAGCCCUGAACUUGCUUUUACAGUUUCCCCCUUAAACGUUUUGUGUAUGAAGUGCUGCUUUGGAUCCAAGAGCCGAGUUGCUCACACUGUACCGAAUCAUGUUGCUUCUGUCAGUGCACAGACAUGCUAUCAUGUCAGCCAGUAUUGAAUGUCAUUUGAUUGUGUAUUUUUUUAAGUCAAUCCAGCGCAUAGAACGGACAUUGUUUAAAAGCUCUGAAUGCUGGGAUUGGGUUUUUAACCCCUGAUUUUAUUCUGAACAAUUUCUAAAGAAAGAAAAGUUGAAAGAAUACAGUGACUGCAUGUAUAUCUACUACUAGGCUCCUACAACCACUCUUUGGCCAUAUUUGCUCUCUAGAGCCACACGUGUAUGAAAUACAGAUAUGCACAUAUAUAUGAGUGUAUGUUUGAUUUUAUUAUUAACCUUUGAGAUGUUAAGAUACAUAUACCCUAAAUACUUCAACAUCCCCUAAAAAUAGUGAUAAUGUCCUUUUAAAAAAAAUCUCCUGAAUCCAUUAUAAAAUCAAUAAUUUCCAGAUAGUGCCUGGUCUCCAGAUUUAACUGUAACUGCCCAGAAUCCCAUUAAAGUUACAGCCUGAUUUCAUUUGUAGUUCUUUGAUCAGGUUAAUAACACUCUUUUGAAAAGAUGUAGAAGAAAUCCUUUCUUCAAAAUGGUCAAACUUAUUCCAGGUUUUAAUUAAGAAAAGUGAGUGGCUAAAGAAGUUUGAUCUUUCUUCAAUCUCUGACUUUUAUGCCUCCUCUUUCAGUGAUAGCAUAGCGUAAUAGGUGUAAGUGGAGAUUUAAAGUCACAAAAGUCAGCUGGUAUUGUAUGAGCUAAUAAUUCAUGUCAUAUUGACUGUAUUUCGUUUCUUUUAAGUUUAAGAAAUUGGUCAGAGGCUCCAGCUCAUUGGAAAGGCUGAGUGAAAGGCAUUGUGAAAAUAGGUUUCCUUUAAACAUUAAUCACUGACACCCCCCCCCCCCCGCCAUGUAAGAGAGACCCCUCCCCCACUGCAUUCAUUUUAAAAUACGUUGCCCCAAUCUCAAAUCUGUUUAGCACUUAUGUAAACAGAUGGGAACAAAUUUGGAGGACAUGAUAGCUGCAUAAAAGGUUACGCUACAGUUUAUGCACUGAUUUCUGGACAAAAAAAAUGGCGCUUCUUUUUGUUUGGAGCUUGUUUUAUUCUGAUUCGAAUGCUGUAUAAAGUGAUGGAGACUCCGUUUACAUGAGUUCCCAACUGUAUUCAUACCUGUGUAUGUGCCCUCUGUGUGGGGCUCACAGAUGUCACUUAUGCUGUCUGAGUGCAGUGCUGUGUUCCCAAUGUGUAGAACAGAAGACUGCAUUUUUAAAGUUACAGAUUUGUAAAUAGAACUAAGUAAUAUCUCUAUAAACUGUUUGGGGGGACGGGGCACAAAAGGAGGAGCCAAUUAAAUAGGACCUUCUAAAAUUUGUUAAUUUUGUAAACUUUGCUUCUUUUAUAAGUUAUUCUGUGAUUCCUUUUAGUUACUGAGUUUUAUUUUGAAGAUAUUUAAAUAUUGCACUUGUAUAAAAAGUACGAUAAAUGCAGACUGUUGCAGUCAAAAUUUUUUUUAAAGCUAGGAUAUCUGAAAUGACAACUUUCAGUUCAGUAUGUCAAGCCAGGACAGAAUUUUCACAAAUGUAUUGUAGUUUGCAAAUUCUUAUACUGAAAAUGUAAGGGGAGUCAAUGCAAAUGAUUUUUAAUCUUUUUUUUUUUAUCUUUUCAGCAAUUUAUAUUUUUUUUGUGAUUUUAUGCAAUCAUAUUUUUACUUCGUCUUGACAACUGAAAGCUGUAUGAUGUUUUUGCCAGAAAAGUACUGUAUACAUAGUUUUAAAUAUAACAGAUUUUGCUGAUAUGUAAAAAUUUUGCCAUUAAAGUUGAUUUCUCAUGAAAGGAACUUUUCUAUCAAGUUGGGAGACACGAGAGCUUAAUAUAUCUAAUUUAAAAUAAUUUCACCGAAAUAAACACCAUUGCUUUUACUUUGAUUAUAUUUUUUCUUAAGAUGCUUUUGUAGUGUUUUGGAGUUUUAGAUAAUUUUAUAUAAAUUCUCUCCCUGCCUUGCACCAUCCUUUGGAUAUUUGAUACCAUUCACCUAUGAACUAAAGUGGCUGGGUGUGUAAGAUCUGUAUUCCAAGUGGCAUCUUGGGAAAGAAAACCAUGUUGUCUAAAUUCUUCUUAACUCCUCCCCUCCACCGUUCAUUGUGGGCUCUGACAUGAAUGAAAUUCCACACACAGCCUAACUGUAAGUCGGUUGUUGGGAGGAGUCAAUCAUUGUGGUCUAUGUAUGUUUGCCCAGAGUAACCUGAUUUAGAAAGAUGGCAUAAUAAAGAAAACAUUCAUUUUUUCAUCUGUUA